GGACAAUGAGACUUCUCGAGACUACACUGUGGCUCCUGAUAAGCCAAAUACUCUGUGUGGUGGUGGCAAGAUCGCAUCAUUCACGCCGGGAGUGGAUGCGAUCGGAAGUGAUGGAUGCAAAUGGACUAUAUUUGAUGGAGUGGAGUGUUGAAGCCAAAGAAAUUGUUUUUAGGAUUACAGUGAAUACACGCGGAUUUAUUGGACUCGGAUUCUCCUACAAGACUGGUAAAAUGUCUAAUUCGGACCUAGUUCUAGCCUGGAUUGACGAUAGAUCAGGGAAAGCGCAUAUUUUGGAUUGUCACGGACCAUCCAGUGGAAAUGGAGCACCAAUUCAGGAUGACACUCAGAACUAUGUGGUCGAGGAGGGUUCUCAAAAUGCCACCCACACUCAGAUCCAAUUUCGUCGAAGCCUCGAGACAUGCGAUCCACACGAUUUACCACUUGGAAGUAACACACUGAAGGUUUUAUGGUCUUUUGGGGAUGAAGAUCCCACGCAUGGUGAUCUUCGGGGUCACGGACACAAUCGAGGUGCCAAAUCAUUGCACUUGACUGGACCGCAAUUUCGGCGACCCGCAAACAUUAAGGAUGUAAGGCAGUGGGAUGUGACAGUAAAAAAUGUUUCUGUCGAAUCAAAUAUGGAUACAUUGUAUUGGUGCAAAAUCCUCAAGGCUCCCAUUCUGCACGACAAACACCACAUAAUCGGAUAUGAGGCUCUCCUUACAAAGGAAAGCUCAACGAAGAAACCACUUGUUCACCACAUGACACUCUUUGAGUGCUCCACGUCAUCGUACCCAGGCUCCGAUCCACAUUCCUGGGACGUGUGGGUGAAGAGCAGUGGGGCUGUGUGUAACAGCAAUUUGCUCACACCACGAGAUUGGGAUUCCUGCAUCACCCCCGUGGCUGUAUGGGCAGUGGGUGCUUCCGGUCAGUUUCUACCCGAACAUGCCGGUAUUCCGCUCGGUGGGAGACAUUCAGCCAAGUACUACAUGCUGGAAAUUCACUAUGAUAAUCCACGGGCCAAGAGAGUGAUUGAUCAUUCGGGCUUUCGAAUUCACUACACGCGUCAACUGAGACGAAAUGAUGCUGGAAUGAUGAUAUCUGGUGUGUCCAUAUCCGAUACGCAAAUGAUCCCACCGGGUCAGAAGUUGUAUCGGAAUGUUGGGAUAUGCGGUCCCUCGUGCACAGACGCAAUUUUCCCGGAGAGUGGCAUUAAGCUCAUAUCAGCUACACUCCAUUCGCACGUGGCUGGGAGGCGGAUGAAGUUGCGGCACGUGAGGGAUGGCCAGGAACUCGAGCGAAUAAUUGAGGAUGAUAACUACGAUUUUAGCUACCAGCAAGUACGUCAAUUUGCCAAUGAAACCACCAUACUUCCCGGGGACUACCUCAUUACGGACUGCGCCUACGAGACAAUUGGUCGCAAACGCCCCACUUUGGGGGGAUACUCGACAAAACAAGAGAUGUGCCUCUCCUUCAUCACGUACUACCCCCGAAUUGAGCUGGCUGGAUGCUACAGUAUGACCCCUGUGAAGGAAUUCUUCGAGACCUUCGGAGUGUAUCAAUUCUAUUCCAUGAACAUGACUGACGUUGAAAAUUUAUUCCUCUACAAUGGCAACAUCCUGGACUUGCUGCCAACAACAAUUUUUCCCAACUACCCUCCGGGAGGGAAUGUGGACGACGAGCAAAACAGGAAGGCCAUUGAAGCACUUAAAAAUGCCAAAGAGUACAGCUUUGUAGACGAAGAGGAUAUCCUAUAUCAGGAGUCAAUAUUGAAUAAGCUAAUAAUAUCCGACCCAGUGGAAUUUCACGAUAGAACAUUUCUUUCUCAUCUCAAUCAACUUCCGUGGUCGGAGCCACUCUUUACGAGACGCGUGGAGCAGACAAUUCUCACAGGGAAGCAUAUGACAUUCUGCAGAGUGUCCAACGAAUCAAUUUCAAUCGCAAGUGAAAUCCUGAAGUUUCCCAAUUUCACGACGUUCAUCAAGCCACCGAGUCACUGUCCAUACCACUUCAGUGUCGAUGAUAUCCUUUCGUCGAGCACCAUCCGUAUGAGAAUGGAAGCUAUUACGCUGCUGAUUUGCUUGCUCCUUCACGUGCUCAUGUGUUAGUCAUUUUUUCCCAUCAUCUUCGUGUGUAAUUUAUUAUUUAUUCGCGACUUGUACAUUUUUUUCCUUCCUCCUUCACGUCAGAGAAGUUGUGUUUAUGAUAAA